AUGGCAAAACAGUUGCUACCACCGCUUCCGGGCACCGAGUAUAAUAUGUUAGUCAGCCAUGUUCCAUUUAAUAAAACAGCUAUUGACAGAGUGAUUCGAAAUGCCACCUACAUAACAAUAUUACGACAUCCAGUAGCUACUUACGAGUCAAUAUUUGGAUAUUUUAAAUUUGACAAAUAUUUUAAGAUUGAACGCAAUAAUACUAGUGAUGAUCCAUUUGAAACUUUUCUGUCAAAUUCCGAUGAGUAUUUUAGAAAUGUUAAAGAUUCUUACUUCAAAACAUUACUAAGAAAUAGACAAAUGUUUGAUGUUGGACUUGAACUGAAAAAUUAUAACAAUGAAAGUCUCGUGGAUAAUGUAAUACAACAAGCGUCGAACGAGUUCGAUUUGGUAAUGAUUGCUGAGUAUUUUGACGAAUCGCUUGUUUUGUUAAAGAAUCUACUCUCUUGGGAUUUUGAAGAUAUUCUGUAUUUAGAGAAAAACAAGAGAAACAACAAUCUACGUUUUCAGAUCGAUAGUCGGAAACGUCAGCGAAUAUUGGAAAUAAAUGAGGCAGAUUACAAACUAUACCAACACUUCAAUAAAACAUUCUGGAAUAAAGUUGAGGCUUAUGGCGAUGGCUUUCAUGAGGACGUGGCUACAUUUCGAGGUAUGUUACAGAAGAUGCGAACUGGGUGUGUAGACGAAGGAAAAUUUGUAAUCGACAAUAAAAAUCGUAGGAAUUCCACGCUUCUGAAAAAUAACGCGCCCACUUAUUGUCCCAAAGUAAACAGAGAUGAUUUUGCCUUCCUUGCUGUACGACAACAAAGUUGGAUACUACAGACCAACACGGCACCACCAGGAAAUCGAGAUACAACUUAUAGUGAAGAAAAAUGA